AAUCCGAAACUCGUCACAAUGCCAGUACUGGAAUCCCGACAGGGUCAGUAGACUGACCCCAGAAUCCCUCCAGCUGGCAUCCCGACUGGAAAGUAAUCAUGUCUGCAAAGCCAAUACUUUACUACUUCGAUGGUCGUGGAAGAAUUGAGUGUGUUAGGUGGGUGUUAGCUGCAGCUGGUGUCGAUUUCGAAGAGAUAUUCGUUGAAACAAGAGAGGAUUAUGAAAAGUUGCUUAAAGCUGGAGAUUUGAUGUUUCAACAAAUUCCAAUGGUAGAAAUAGAUGGGAUGAAACUUGUACAAACAAAUGCCAUCAUGAAUUACAUUGCUGAAAAGUACAACAUGCAUGGAAAGAACUUGAAAGAAAAAGUAUAUAUUGACAUGUAUGUAGAGGGAACCACUGAGCUGCUGGGACUGAUCCUAUCAUCAUUCUUCCUUCCUGAAGCUGAUCAGGAGAAACAAAAAUGUCUCAUUAAAAACAGAGCAUUAAACAGAUACUUUCCAGUAUACAACAAGGUCUUAGGAAAACAGGACUUUUUAGUUGGAAACCAGCUAAGCUUGGCAGAUGUGCAGCUCCUAUAUGCCAUAUUAUCAGUGGAAGAGUUUCAUGGUGACAUCCUACAGAAUCUUCCUAUCUUACAGGCGUUUAAAAAAAGAAUGUGUGAGAUCCCAACAAUAAAGAAAUUCCUGCAACCAGGGAGUAAGAGGAAGCCGAUGGCAGAUGCAAAGUACCUAGACACCGUGAGGAAAAUUCUACUGCUCAAGUGAAACAGAAAAAAACAGAAACUUGUCUUGUUAGGAAAUUGGAGCAUGCACUGCAAUUUGAUUGUCUGAAAGCUACAUUAAAAUAUGUAUGCAAAUAUUAUCUAGUCUGUCUUUAUA